UCAUCACCAAAAAAGCACCAAGAGCAAUAGAAAGCCUUGACCCACACCAUCGGUGAGCUGAGAAAUCCCUUCGCGGAGCGAAAAAAACAAAGGAGAAAAUUUUGAUCUUUGAUCUGAUUUGUUCUUCAUCUUGUUCGAGUCUCCGAUCUUUCUUCACUUGUUUUCCCCUUUAAUCUUCUUCGAUUCCGGCUUCUUAUCGUUCAGAUCCGAUUUCGGCUUCAAAGAGGGCUUUGUGUGUGUGUGUGUGUUACUCCCUCUGGUUGAUUUUUGAUCUUGCUUUGUCCUUGUUCUUGAUCUCUUUCUUGCUACGAUCUGCAUCUUUUUUUAGGUUUUCUUUUCUAGAUUUGAUUGUUAGAAGGCAUGGCGACCGCCAUGGAUAUGUACAGUAGUAUGCCAGUGUUCUCUUCGUCAGAUCCUUUGAGGGAAGCGCUUGAGCCUUUUAUUAAAGCUGCUUCCUCUACCUCUCUCGAUCCGAUCUGCUUCUCUUCUUCUUCUUCUUCUUCCUCAAAUUUCGACUACUUCGAUCUGCAUCAAAACCCUAGCUUUGAUCUGUCCAUGCCACUGGGAUCUGGAGCCGAGAUGUUUACCCAGCAGUGGUUGAAUCAGAGCGGCAGCUCGAGCUCGAUGGGGCUCAACUAUCUCUCCCCUGCGCAGAUCCAUCAGAUCCAAGCUCAGUUCCAGCAGCAGCAGCGGCAGCUCCGAUCGGGGUCCGCCGAGCUCCGGAUCCAGAGGAACACGAACUCCCUCGCUCCAAAGUCGCAGCCCAUGAAGCGCGCCGGGUCGCCGCCGAAGCCCACGAAGCUCUUCCGCGGCGUCCGCCAGCGGCACUGGGGCAAGUGGGUGGCGGAGAUCCGCCUCCCGCGCAACCGCACCCGCCUCUGGCUCGGGACCUUCGACACCGCCGACGAGGCGGCCCUGGCUUACGACAAGGCCGCCUUCAUGCUCCGCGGCGACGGUGCGCGCCUCAACUUCCCCGAGCUCCGCCGCGACGGCGCACACUGGGGCCCGCCGCUGCACCCCUCGGUGAACAGCAAGCUCCAGUCCAUCUGUGACACCACCCUCGGUUGCUCUCCAAAGCAGCGCACGUCCCCGCCGGACUCUGCCUCCAGCGAUCCGAGCUUGGAGGACAACAAAUCCGACAGCUCCGAGGAAGAGUCCUCCUCCUCCUCCUCCUCCACCGGAUCAGCCAUACAGCAACUGGACUUCACCGAGGCGCCCUGGGACGAAUCCGAGAGCUUCGUCCUGCGGAAGUAUCCCUCAUGGGAGAUCGACUGGGACUCCAUCCUCUCCUCCGACUAGCAGUUCCUGCAAAUGGUGUUUUAGACAUUUGCACGGUCAUUGCAGUCCUCAAACUCCAUCUGUAGAUAGUAUAUUUAACCUCUUGGGUUGCUGCAUUUUUUCAGGCAAUACCAUCAAGGUCUCAUCAUCUGUAGAUUUCUAGCUGAAAAAUCUCUGUAUUUUGAUCCAUAUAUAUGUGCAUAUUAUUGAAAUCUUUAGUUUGUCAUAAAGUUGAAGUCUCCUCGCCGAAGAUUUCUCAUGAGAUGUUCUGAAAAUGGCUCUGAAUCUUCUGAUACUUGUUCUAUUGGAGUUGGAACAAGAAGAUGAAGAUGAAGUGGGAAAAAGCCUUGAAAUAGCUUUAAUUCAACUCAAUCAAAUGUUGUGUUUGUUUA